UUUAUUAUUAGCUCUCAUCAUAAACACAACAAUUAUUAACACACUAUAUAGCACUUAUUAUUCAUUCACACUGAAACAAGAGGAGAAGAUGGAAAAGAAAAGCACAUUCGACUUGGUUUCCGACGAUUCCGAUCACCACUUCCACCACCACAACAUCGGCGGAAACUGCUUCCGAGACACAAAGAGCGCCGUCUACAAACGCAUCAUGAAAGAGUGGAAAAUCCUCGAAAAAAACCUCCCCGAUUCCAUCCACGUAAAAGCCUACGAACGCCGCAUCGAUUUACUCCGCGCCGUCAUCAUCGGCGCCGCCGGUACACCUUACCACGACGGUCUCUUCUUCUUCGACAUCGCAUUCCCGGAAGAUUACCCUAACAGACCACCAAAGAUCCAUUACAUCUCAUUCGGGUAUGGACUCAACCCGAAUCUGUACUCUAACGGUUACGUUUGUUUGAGUCUUCUGAACACGUGGAGCGGUAAAAAAUGCGAGAGGUGGGACCCAGCUACUUCGACGCUUCUUCAGGUUUUAGUUUCUAUUCAGGCGCUGGUUCUUAAUGAGAAGCCGCUUUAUAACGAACCUGGUUACCGUGUUUUGGGUCGUUCGCUUUUCGAAUCGAAGUCACGUGCCUACAACGGCGACGCUUUCGUUCUCACGUGUUUCUCCGUUGUUUGUCUCAUUCGGAAACCGCCGAGAAAUUUUGAGGAGUUUGUUAAGGAACAUUUCCGUGAGCGAGGGUGUGUGCUACUCGCCGCGUGUAAGGCGUACGCGAAUGGGCGCGUGAGGGUAGGGUAUUACGGUUACAACAGCAAUAACAAUGAUAACAGUAACAACACGGCGGUUAUAAAAGUUACGGAGUGUUCUAAGAAGUUGUUACGAAAUGCUUAUGCGAGUAUGUAUAAGAAUUUUCUAGAAUGUGGUGCUUCGUUGGAGGGUUUUGUUGAAGAGUUGGAGGUGGAGAAACAAGUGAAAGAAAAGAGAUCCAACGGUGGGAAAGGGAUCAUUAAGAAAGCUAUGGGGAAGAUUAAACAAGCUUUGGGUUGGAAGAAGAAUGAGAAGAAGAAGAUCACUACAUAAAUUUAAUAAAACAGUUUGCAUUAUUAUGAAAUUAAUUUACUUUUUUUUUUUUUAAAUUUUAUUAUAAGAAACUCCUUAAUUAGUGUAAAUGACUAAUUCUCAUGUUAGUUUUUUUUAAGUAAAAAAAAUAUUUAUAUAUGGUGGAGUUUGUGUCUGGAGUCUCUCGACUAU